UCAUUUCCUGAUAAAGAAAGGGCUGGGUCCAGGCUUUUGUUUAGCAGCUUUUCUAUUGUGAACUGCCUGGCUGGAGCUCAGGAAUGAACCGGUUUAUGGUGGUCAUAUGUAGAGCUGUUAACUGGUUGGUUUCGGAUUGGAUCCUAUAGUGCCCAUACCCAGGCUAACCGGGUUAACGUCUUUCUGGAUCCAGUUUGAGUUCUUGAAGACCCUGACCCAUAUCGGAUCAGGUUCAGGUUGACGGCUUAGUUUUGUUACGAUGUAUCUUCAGUUCUAUAUAAAUGAAAACGGAGAUAAAGUUUACACCACCAAGAAAGAAUCACCGCUUGGGAUGGCAACACAGUCUGCUCAUCCAGCUCGCUUCUCGCCGGAUGACAAGUACUCAAGGCAGAGAGUGCUCCUGAAGAAGCGAUUUGGAUUGCUGCCGAUCCAGAAACCACCACCCAAGUACUGAAAAUCCCAAAGCUUGCACUGUUUGAACUUCUCUUUGGCAUUUUUAGAUCAGUUGCCAUGUCAACUUGCGUUUCAUAUAUGAUUUUUGUUCUUUACACCAUGCAAGUUCUUAGGUCUGCAUUGUAUUCUGAAAGCAUUUCCACCAAUGUAUUAAGUGGAGCUUAGUAUUUACACAAGCCUUCAAUCACUCUGCCUAAUGAAAGAUCAUUGGAUUUGA